ACUUCGCAAAAGACCAAAACAAAGUCUUUACAAAAGACCAAAACAGUUUCUUUAUGGUUUCCCACCGUUUAACGCUUUAGACGGGAAGUUUUUCAAAUCCAUCACUCGCUGCACUUGCUCUCCCGUUUCAAAUUUUCUCGGCGAAUUUUCUCGCACUUUCCGGCAUUCUUCCCAAACAGAAAGUUUCCGCUUCCGCUCCUUCUCCUCACAAGCUUGCGUCCCGAGUUGUUCUUCUUCGGCUGCUUCCACGUUCGGAUCUGUCCAGUCCGGUCGCUUGCUUCUUGCUUCAAUCGAUUCGAGAACUGUUUGGUUGCCGAGAAAGUUGACGAUUCUAUCAGAAUCGAGCUCAGCAUAGUGUGCCGUUUUAGUAACAAGACGAUCGGAGUGUGGUAGUGUCUCUGGAAGAUAGAGUUGUUGCCAGAGCCAUAGUUGGUUUCUCUUUGGAUGGCAGUCUGAAAAGGAAGAUGUGAAACAUUUACUUGACACUUGACAGAAGUAGAGAUCCUUCCACGAAUACCAGUAUACGUCUUGUGACCUGUUGAUUUCUUACCGAAGAUCCUUAGCUAUUUGUAUGUCAUAGAUCAUUCUUCUCUCUCUUUAUAAGCACCUGAUCUCUUGGAUUUUCCUGUGAGGGAUUGACGUUUAGUGAUUCAUGCGCGUAAUUCUCAAAAGGUGUUAAUUGGGCUGCAUGAUGAUCAAUAACUUGGGAAAUUGGGCUAAGAGCUGUUGAUGCAAUUUCUUAAUCACCAGAAUGAAGAAAUCGUAUGGCGGUAUUGUGGCUGCAUGUCUAUUCAUGCUGCUAGUUUUGAGAUAUGGCAUCAUAAACUAUCCUGCUGGGGAUAGUUUCUUAACCAAUGCAUUCUACACGAAUAUUAGUAAUCCUCUUGAAUGGUUAGAUACUACUCCACCUGCAGUUCAGAAUCCAGAGAAUACUGCUGAAGUGAUUUCUGGAGAGACUAUAGUCUUUAGCCUCUUUGCUCAGAGGAAUGUAUCCAAUGAAGAGCGGCAAAAUAUGCAGACAUGGAACCUUUUGAAACAUCUGAUUAAUCAAGCUCAUGGUUUGCCUAAUGGGGUGGAUGAUAAGGAAGCUGGAGUUGCAUGGAAUAGUCUUAUGGCUUCGGUUGAAGAGCAAAGACUUGGUUACACAAAUGAAAUUUCACCUGGGAAAGCAAAAGAAAAGCAAUGUCCUCAUUUUCUUAAUAAAAUGAAUGGGACAGGAUUCGACAAUAGUGUUUCUAAGUUGCGGGUCCCUUGUGGCCUAACUCAAGGUUCUUCAAUUACAGUUAUCGGCAUUCCGAAUGGACUUCUUGGAAACUUUCGAAUUGACUUGACAGGGGAGCCUCUUCCAGGGGAGCCCGACCCACCCAUUAUAUUGCAUUAUAAUGUUAGGCUAAAUGGUGAUAAGGUAACUGAGGACCCCGUAAUUGUCCAGAACACAUGGACUGUUGCUCAUGAUUGGGGUGAAGAGGAGCGUUGCCCAUCCCCAACUCCUGAAAAGAAUAAUAAAGUGGAUGAAUUGGACCAAUGCAACAAGAUUGUUGGAAAAACUGAAGAGCAGAGGAUGCGUUCCAAUGUUUCAAGGCAGGUUUCAACUGUGCAAGAUGGAUCAAAGUCCAGAAGAUACUUUCCAUUUAAGCAAGGUUAUCCAUUUGUUGCUACACUUAGAGUUGGUUCAGAAGGAAUCCAAAUGACCGUUGAUGGGAAGCAUCUAACAUCUUUUGCAUUCCGCGAAACUUUGGAGCCAUGGCUUGUUAAUGAAGUAAGGAUAUCUGGGGACUUGAAAUUAGUUUCUGUCCUAGCCAGCGGUUUACCCACAUCAGAGGAGUCGGAGAACAUAAUUAAUUUAGAAGAACUCAAAUCUGCACCUCUCUCUCCUCACAAACAAAUGGAUCUCUUUAUUGGUGUUUUCUCUACCGCAAACAAUUUUAAACGAAGGAUGGCAGUUCGAAGAACAUGGAUGCAGUAUGCAGCUGUGCGAUCAGGGGCAGUUUCAGUUCGAUUUUUUGUUGGUUUGCAUAAGAACCAAAUAGUGAACGAGGAGCUUUGGAACGAGGCACAAACCUAUGGAGACAUACAGCUGAUGCCUUUUGUUGAUUACUAUGGCCUCAUUACCUGGAAAACUUUGGCCAUCUGCAUCUUUGGGACGGAGGUUGUUUCAGCGAAGUUCGUUAUGAAGACGGAUGACGAUGCAUUUGUUCGUGUGGAUGAAGUGCUAGCUUCCUUACACAGGAUCAAAGUGAAUCGUGGCUUGCUCUAUGGCCUCAUUAACUCAGAUUCUCGACCUCAUCGAAGUCCAGAUAGCAAGUGGUAUAUCAGCAAUGAGGAAUGGCCUGAAGCAACUUACCCACCUUGGGCGCACGGUCCUGGUUAUGUGGUAUCGAAUGACAUAGCAAAGGCAGUUUCCCAGCGAUAUAAAAAGGGCAGAUUAAAGAUGUUUAAGCUGGAAGACGUGGCGAUGGGUAUCUGGAUCGCGGAUAUGAAAAAGGAGGGUCUAAACGUACGGUAUGAGAAGGAAGAGAAGGUCUACAACGAAGGAUGCAAGGACGGGUAUGUCGUUGCACAUUACCAAGGUCCCAGGGAGAUGCUGUGUCUCUGGCAGAAAAUUCAAGAAGGGCAAGUUGCUAAAUGCUGUGGUGGUGAUAGGUAGACACAGUUAGAUCAUUCGUUCCAUAUCGGAACCUUUUAGUCGCGAUCAACCUCCGAAGUUGAAGAGAGAAAUCUUGGUUAGCCCGAUCAUUUUGUCUGAGAGUAGAUGACCGAGAUUGACCAAAGCCGAGACCCUACCAAGGCGCUAACUAAAAGAGGAGAGAGUUGUUUCAGUAACGAGCCUACGAUUGCUGUAUAUUUUAGUUCAUACUAUGUAGCAACGCCAUAGGAUAUAGUAAUAGAGGUGGAGUUGAUGUAUAGAAUUCACGCGCAUACAAAUCUAUCUGGACAAGAAACCAUGCUGAGAAAUUGCAAUCUCGAAUGCCUGAA